AUUUAUUUUUAAUACAGCACACCAGUGUGUUAUCAAGUCAUGCCCCCCACAUCGUUUGACACAUAUAGUAAUAUGUUGUUGUAAUACCGGCAUAUCAUUCUGGUACAUGCUGGUAAUUUGCCCUAAUCUGGGACUAGCUUCGUCAUCAGUCUGUUCUUGAGACGGUGCGAGUGAAAGGACCCCUUUACGAUUGGUGAAAGUAGAAAUAUUACACUGCUAGUAUUUUUUUGUAUUUAUAUAUGAUUACACUGUAUUGACCACUGUUAUGUCUGAGGAAAUAAUUGGACCGGCCCUUCCACCGGGGUUCAGAGAAGAGAGAAGUGAGGAUUCAGACGGGGAGUCAGACGAAGCUGCAGGACCAGCUUUGCCUCCGGGCUACAGAGCGAGGAGCAGCUCGGGGUCUUCUGAAGACAGCGAGGAGGAUGAGAGGCACUUUAAGAGUGGGAAACAGAGGGAAGCUUUACCCCAAGGCUAUCCCAUCAAGUCAGACUCUGAGGAGGACACAGAUCGUCCAAAACCCAGCAAGCAGCGGCGGAUACAGAGCACAGAGCAGGAGGAUGACGGCUUCUUUGGACCUGCACUCCCGCCUGGAUAUCAAAAACGGCAUGAGUCUCCUGAGAGGCCUGUUGUUGGACCAGCGUUGCCCCCUGGCUUUCGAAAACCAGACCACGAUGAGGAAGAUGAAGACUACACAGGCCCUGCAUUGCCUCCUGGCUACAGUGAAGCAGCCUCUGGCAGUGAUGAAGAGGAAGUUAUUGGUCCUUUGCCUUCCAAAGAGCCAGUGGAAUACAAUGUUGCCAUGGAGUUUGAUCGCAGGGCCCAAAAGAUGAAAGAAAAGCUUACUUCUGGAGAUGAUGGAUCCAAGGACCUUGCACGGGAGACCUGGAUGACUGAACUCCCCCCAGUACUGCAGCACAUUGGCCUGGGAGCCAGGACUUUUAAAAAGCGUGCAGGCCCAGAGUCCAAAGACCGGUCACUGUGGACAGAGACACCGGCCGACAAGGAGAGGAAAAUAAGGGAACGGCUUGAAGGAAAAGAGACCUCUGAACCAGAUAAGGAGGAAGAUGUCCUCGUUUCAGAAAGAGACAGAAGACUUGCAGAGCAGGUGUCCACCCACAAUGAUUCAAAGCGAUCUGAGUCCCUUAUCAACAUGCACAGCAAGAAGCUGAAGAAGAAGGCCAAGGCCGAUGCAGAGAAGGCCAAGGAGAGGAGGGCCUUCGACCGAGACCAGGACCUGCAGGUGAACCGCUUUGACGAGGCCCAGAAGAAGGCUAUCCUGAAAAAGUCUCAGGAGCUCAACACACGCUUCUCGCACAGCAAAGGCAGCAUGUUCUUGUAGAAACAUGCCCUCCAUGGAGCUUCACCUCUGUCCUGUUUCAGAUGAGGGGUCUUUUCAUUCUUCUGUGGGCCAGUGGAGGAAAUGUAGUGGCAGCAGAUCAUUUCCUAGUAGCAGGAACUGGCAGUAAAAAAUGACUUUCUUAACUGGAACGUAUUUGGCAUGGCUCCUCACUGGCAACUACCCCCCAAGAAGUCCUCGUUGAAGGGGUUGAAAAUCAGCACCAGUCCUGAGGGAAGCCAUACCAUGCAACUAUUUGAGCAGCAUGAAUGCGUGACACUUUUUCUUUACCUUUUGAUUUCUUUUGUUGUAUUACAUUGCAUCAAAUCUGUAGACAUGCUUGUUUUUUGUCAGUGUUAGCAGUUUUGUUCAAAGUGUUGGUAGUUUUUAGUUGUUUUUUUUUUUUUUUUUAAAGGAUAAAAACACCUGUUAAACUAGAACUAAAAAAAAAAAAGUUAUAUUAUUCAAGACUGGAAGAAAAGCUUUGAAAUAUAUCUCAAUGUGCGUUAUUAGUCAAAUAGAUGUUUUUAUUGUUCCUUCCUGCAUUGGAAGUGUACAGUACAUUUUAAUUAAAAAAUAAAAAAUUCUAAAUGUUUGUGUAAUAUACAAAAUAAUCUGCCUUGCCAUGCUAAUUGGUAUAUUAAGUGGGUUUCCUGAUUACACUGGCUUUGGGUCACUUUUGGGGACUUAAUCACUCCCUCUUGCUAUAGACAUGCGGUAUACCCUUGUGUAUUAUUAUUUAUUUAUUUAUUUCUUAGCUGACGCCCUUAUCCAGGUGACUUACAAUUGUUACAAGAUAUCACAUUAUAUUUACAUACAAUUACAUUAUUUUUUCACAUACAAUUACCCAUUUACACAGGUAGGUUUUUACUGGAGCAAUAUAGGUAAAGUACCUUGCUCAAAGUUACAGCAGCAGUGUCCUCACUGGGGAUUGAACCCACAACGCUCCGGUCAAGAGUCCAGAGUCCUAACCACUACUCCACACUGCUGCCAUGUCACACCCUCUUGAUAUAGACAUGUGGUAUACCCUUGUGUAUUUCUAUGUGUCACUCCCUCUUGAUAUAGACAUGUGGUAUACCCUUGUGUAUUUCUAUGUGUCACUCCCUCUUGAUAUAGACAUGCGGUAUACCCUUGUGUAUUACUUUAUCACUCCCUCUUGAUAUAGACAUGCGGUAUACCCUUGUGUUUUGUGAAGAGCAUUUUCUUCAUGCUCUUCACUUCCUUUUACAUGCAGUGGAGGUCCUUCAGAUGACGAGGGCUCUUCUUUUAAUAUAUGUAUCAGCCUCUGAAUGGGCUGUAAGAACAAGAUACAGACCUUAAGAGCACCUUGGCAUGGCUAUGAACUUGUAGAGUUAUAUUUACUAAUGUUCGUAACUCAGUUUAAAACCAUGAUUCAAAAGAUGUUUCAAGACAUGCUUGUGUGGUCAGAAUCCUGUCUAACCUCCAAGUACAUGGUCCAUCAUGUGACAAUUAUUAACAACCCUUUCCCCCUGGGUAUAAGAAAUUGAAUUCCACAUAACCUUCAAUAACUUUGAAAUAUCUCUUUUUGCCAGGCAGCGAUUGUAAACAAUCUGUGUGCCAGCAUUCUUUACUGGGACUUGUUGAAUGUUCUACUGAUGCAUUUACUCAUUAAAUGUUUCUUCCUCUAAGUCAUAAUAUGAAAUAAUGUAGUACCAAGACAAUCAAUCUGAUUGCCAUUAGGUGUGCUAGUAUCUUCUGACAAUUCCACUGAUAAUGCACAAGCAUUACUUCUGAAUUCUAUCACCAUAUGCAACAACACAACAGAUUUGUUAUGAAAAGCUGAUUAAGAAGUGGUAAUAAAAGUCUUGGUUACUUGCUAUUGUUUGCCACUUUUUCUUCUCUGUUAACAUCAUAAUUGGUUAAAGAGCAACUUGGUAUGACUGUGCAGUACCAGAGUAUCUUCUCUUGUUUAUACUGUCAUCCUGCUGAUGUUUUAAAACUCAGUAGAGUCCCAGUGGAGCCUGCCAUCAAGUAUACCUCUGAUGCACCAGAGUGUAACCAUUAACAAAGUGAAUCUAAACAAGAAUACAUUCAUUGAGGUGUAUCUUAACUAUAUCACAGCCCUGACAAGUUACCCUCUAAGUAAACAUUGAGAAGAUUGGUGGGACAACUUUUAUAUAUUAUUGAAUUACGUUAUAGCUGAUUUUACUCUCCAAGUGGUACUUCCAUUAGUUAUAUUUGAAUAAAGCACAAACAAUCUUUUUAA